AUGCGGGAUCAUUCGGCGAGAUCCGUCUAUGCCACUGGUUUGGGCACCACGUGCGCUGAAGCACACAACAUCGGAAAGAUAGGCUUGUUCGAUGCCUCCGCGACGAGGGCAAAACUGUGCCCGAUUCUAGCGACAGCCUAUAAAGGAGAAUACUUUAGAAAGGACUUCGCCUUUAACAGCAGAUUUGGGCCCACUACUGCCGCUUUCGGGACGGUGCGAGUGGUCGGAACAGACAACACACUGGCACCACCCCAACUUCCACGCCUACUACCCAACGUCGACUUCUUUCGCAUCGAUCCUUGGCGACAUGCUCAGCGGUGGGAUCGGCUGUAUCGGUUUCUCGUGGGUAAGUCAGCUCGGGCCCCUCCUCCGGCUCCACUUGACCCCUUUACGCUGAUCUGCCCGGCUGGUUGA